CACAUUGUCAGAGUAAUGCCAAACUCUGUGUGAGUGGGAUGAGCAGAGCAGAUGCUGCAGAGAGAUGCCAAAGCGGCUCCCCUUCCUCUGUGCCUUGGGUUCCUAUAAAUUGCUCCGGCGCGCGUUUGUCAGCCUCCUCUUCUCCUGGCAGGUGGUACCCAGGCAGAAUUCUGCGUUCAGCCUCUCUCGUUCGGCUCUCGCCGCUGCUGGCUAGCUCCUAUCUCCAGCUCUGAGCUUCUCUGAGCGGCUGAUCCUGCGAACAGCCGCCGCUCCGCGCAUCUCGGGGGGCGCCCGACCCGAACUCCCACAGCCCACUAAGGGCUUUUAGGGUGCGCUUCUAUUAGAGUUGUGGUGACUGCAAAAGAAGAAGAAAAAAGAAAAAAGAAAGAAAAAAAGCAAGGGACGAACCCAGCCAGAGAAAGAAAAGAAGCAAGGCCCAGGAAAAAAAAAAAGGCAACUUCAGACGGAAAGUUGGUGCGAACUGGCGCAGUCUGCAAAAAAGGAAAAGUCGAUCGCCGGCAGCAGCGGCAUAAAAGUGUGAGCCGCCCCGGGCGAGCGCAGGAGGCAGCGGCUGGCUCUGCCCUCCGGGUGGCCGCGCAGGCACCCGCGGCAGCCACAGGUGCGAAGGGGCUGGCUGGAGGCGAGAGGGCGCCCUGAGCACCCCUCCCCCAGCCCCCACCCCCGCUCGGGACUUCAGAUCAAGUCACUUGGCGCCCCAGCUCCCUCCCCAGCCGCAGCCUCAGCGGGGGGAGCAGGAGCCGGAGAAGAACGACCGGCGCGCGCCCGCCCAGGGGAGUUGGGGUUUGAAGGGGGAUUGUUUUCGGCUCUGAGGAGGUCCCCGCCCAACCUUCAAAAUUUUGUCCAAAAGCAGACAAGAGGAUCGGCCCGCGCUGAGCCGGCUCGUGGGCAGCAGGAGGCGCCUGAUCGCCGCCGGGGCGCUGGGGGUGGUGAUGGUGCUUCUGCUGGUCAUCCUCAUCCCGGUGCUGGUGAGCUCGGCCGGCACGUCGGCGCACUACGAGAUGCUGGGCACCUGCCGUAUGGUCUGCGACCCCUACGGGGGCACCAAGGCUCCCAGCACCGCCGCCACUCCGGACCGCGGCCUCAUGCAGUCCCUCCCCACCUUUAUCCAGGGUCCCAAAGGCGAGGCCGGCAGGCCGGGGAAGGCAGGCCCGCGUGGGCCCCCCGGAGAGCCCGGACCACCGGGCCCCGUGGGGCCCCCGGGGGAGAAGGGCGAACCUGGCCGCCAAGGCCUGCCGGGCCCGCCUGGGGCGCCUGGCCUGAAUGCGGCCGGGGCCAUCAGCGCGGCCACCUACAGCACGGUGCCCAAGAUCGCCUUCUACGCUGGCCUCAAACGGCAGCAUGAAGGCUAUGAGGUGCUCAAGUUCGACGACGUGGUCACCAACCUCGGAAACCACUAUGAUCCCACUACGGGCAAGUUCACCUGCUCCAUCCCGGGUAUCUACUUCUUCACCUACCACGUCCUGAUGCGCGGAGGGGAUGGCACCAGCAUGUGGGCUGAUCUCUGCAAAAACAACCAGGUGCGUGCUAGUGCAAUUGCCCAAGACGCUGAUCAGAAUUACGACUAUGCCAGUAACAGUGUGGUUCUUCACCUGGAACCAGGAGAUGAAGUCUAUAUCAAAUUAGAUGGUGGGAAGGCCCAUGGAGGAAACAACAACAAAUACAGCACGUUUUCUGGAUUUAUUAUUUAUGCUGACUGAUAAUGCAGAAACUGAGCUUGCUAUUCUGAGUUUGAACGCUGGAUUCGUGUGGCUAACGUCAGUGAAUCAAGGAUCCCGGGGGAUGCCGAUUGCAGGGCAUCUCGGUUGUGUAAAUGUGGGGAGAUCAAAUGCUACCUGACUCACAUCUGUAUCACUCAGACACAUUAUGUAAAAAAGUAAUUUAACGCAAGAUAAGCAGAUGUGUGAUCUACUACCGCCAAAGCAAAUACUCCUUAUUGUUAGUGUCCAUGUGAAUGAAGUCCUAUAUAGACCACAAAUUUUUAUAGAAAAAUCUAAGACACUGAAUUAUUUCUUCGAUAUCAAUGAUACUUUGGUGUACCGUGAUCUUGCUGCUUUUAUCCAUGUGUCAGCUUUGGUUUUUGUGAGUUCACCUGCUUAAUAAGAUACUUGGAGUCUAUUUGUAGUGUGGGGAGGAGUCAUUUUACCCUGCAGGAGAAGGUCUAAUUGAAGUAAUGCUGCUUGUCCCCAAAGAUAUUGUUUGCCUUGUACUCUUGUUAACUUUAGAGCUAGACCUGGGAAUGAUUCAACUUCAAGCCUUAACCUGGAAUUUUCUGGAUUUGUGGGAAUUCCCAAGCCUGUGAUCAUUUUCCCAUUUUUUUCUUUUCAUGUGAAUUUUCUUUUCUCUCUUUUCUGGUGAUAGUCUUAAGAAAAUAGAGAUUGAAAUUGUAUCAUAGGAUUACCCUCUAAGUGUGAAAAUGUGUAAUUAUGUAUGGUAUUUAGAACCCCCCUGUGUGUCCAUUUCGUCAAUAGAAUACAUUUAGACUAACUUGAACAGUCAGAGAAAUUUAUUCUUUGGUAUGAAGUCAGAUGGAGGCUUUUGCCUUCUUUGGAACAAAAGAUUGUUCAUAACCUAAGGCACAAAGGUUUAAUUUGAGCUACUGCAUGCGUCAUCAAGGGGACAGUAUGUAAGGCCUUCAAACAGUUACCGCAAAUCCAUGGCCUGAGCUUAUUUCAAACUUAACAGUUUCACAUAGAACCAAUAUGAAAACAAAGUGUAUAUAUUUUAUAUAAAUAUCUGCCACACACUUAUUUAUAUACAUAUAUGUUAGAUGAAAUAUUAUAUAUACAUGGCUUCAGUCCACUAGGCACGGUGGCUGUACAGCUCAAAAAAGUAAUUUAAAAAGUAUCUAUGUAUCACACAGAACCAUGCACAAAUUAUUUGACUUAUUUUAGAUUGAAAUAUAUUUUAGAUGAUACAAAUAUGUAGAGUAGCAAAACAAUAAAAGUGACUUCUCUUUAAGAGUUAUCCAGGCAAUGAAAUCACAGUAGAUUCAAAUGCCCCACAUCACACAUGUGUGAGUUAGUUGAUCCCAUGGUUACUGUAUUCCAUAUGCAGUCGAUAUUUUAACUGCAUUCUCUGGCAGACCAUUAACAAGGGACUUGAGGAAGCAAGCAGAGCUCCUUCACAAUGUCUAUGAAACAUACACAUUUGAGUAGUCAAUUCUUUCUUUUCUUUCUGGCAGAUUGAAGCUGACAGUAUAGUGCAGACCCAUUCUCUCUAGUUAAAACACACUGCCAAGAGCUAGCUCUUUAAUCUAAGGGAGAGAUCAAAAUGCAUGAGAAUACUUCCUACCAACACACAACUUCCCCUCUUACAAUGGAAAAUCUGUUCCCCUUUCAGUUGCCUUUGACAAGUAGGUUUCAAAACCAGAGAUUUAAAAAUCUGCUUGCUUUAUUGGUGAAGGACAUUUGCAUUUUCCCCUUUAAAGGAAUUGGGCUGUUCCCCUGGCUCAUUUUACUUCGGUACUUUUUGUUCUAAUACACAGAGAGCUUGAUCAGCUAUGAUCAACUGAAAUAGCUUUAGUUUAGCAAAACUCGAUCCAAGAGUUACGCAUGGUGUUCCCAUCUAAAGGUGGUGUUUGCUGUGUUUAAAUGCCUUUGGUCUGAGUAACUGUCAUGAUUUAUAUGAUAAAAAACACUUAGAUCAUUCAUAAAGAGUAGUGACUAAUUUGAUUUGACCCUUCUAAUAUGUAAGGUAACUCACAAAUGAAUUGCCACUGUUUUAAUUUCUAUUUAACGGCAUAUAUUUAUCAAAGAUGGAUUGGCGGCAAGGGGUUAGAGAUUUGUCUUAGGUAUCAAAUCACAUAGUGAGGAUUCAAGGGAUUAACUUAUAAACAACAGUGUACAUCAGUUAAGCGUUUUAACUAAUAUUUUUGAAAAGGCUUUAUUAGCAAAGAACUUCAUGGCUGGAUCUCUUCUAAAGAGUAGUAUUUACAAACAGACUGUCAUUUCCAAUAGACCUGACCUUUUCUUGGAUAAAUAAGCAUUAUUUUCUCUGUUUAGGCCUGAGGAAAAAAAAAUAAAAGGUAAAUGAAAUAAAGGGACUAUAUAUAAGGCAAGCAUUUCUCUUUUUCUUUGCAUUAUAACUUAUGAAUUAAUUAAAUUGUGGCCUUUGUUAUUAUAACUGUAAUGAUUCAUUAAACUAUAUUAUGUAAUAUA